CCCAUUUAGCGACUUGCUUCACUUCACUUCUUCAGAUCCAUCAAUGACGGACGCCUUUUAUGUCGUACACCCAUGACCCACAUGGGCAUGGGAUGGGUCACCUCGCAGACUUUUUUUUUUUCCCAAUGGCCCAAUUACCCAUUUUUUUUUUGCGUAUGUGUGCGGAGCGGUGUUGGAUAUGUUGUGUGUGUGUGUGCCUCCAGGUAUCGAUUGGGGCGGGGUAACGAUGACGAUCCUGGAGCUCUGACGUCGAUAUGUAACUCGAGUUGUACGCUUUCCAGGCUAUGCUUCACAGAGUCGAAGAUGUGUUAGUAAUACGUGUCAGAGAACGAAGCAGAUCAGGGGUGAAGAUAGUAAAUGUCGA